GACGCCCCCACCCCUGACAGCCCGUGUAAUGUGAAAGUGCGAGUAGAGGGAGCCUAGACAGGAAUGGACAGCGACGCUCUCUUCUCAUUAUAACCCUUCUCUCUUUUACGUGCUUUCUUUCUUUUCCUUUUUUUUCCAGAUCACUUAAAAUAGGACCUUUGGGGAUUUCUCGCUGUGGAAACAGCCCAUGGGGUCUCCAGAUAGCGCCCUUCCUUUUGGUCUCCUGAAUCCGAUAAGUUGUGCCUGAUUGCUCAGUGGGAGGGGGUCAGAGGUAUGUUCCUGUAAUUGCUGUCUGAGGUUUCCUUUGUCUGGUCCAGAAUGGCUGCCUGUGGUGUGAACACGAAGAACAAAGUCACAGUUCAUAAGCCAGUUUGGGACUUCCUCAACAAAGAGACUCCAUCCAAACUGAACCGACUGAGAGAGGACAGUGGAGUUCGCAUCCUGAUUGAUGGUGAAACUUCUGACAUAUAUGUACUGAGGUUAUCUUUUGACAGCCACGUGCCCGCAAAUACUAUUUCACUUGUCAGAAAAGCUCUAAAAUCUUUGUUAAAAGAUACAGAGAAAGAAUUAAAAAAGUCCUGCAAACAACACCAGAUUUCAGGCUGCAUGGCUUAUACAGAUAAAAACAGUGAACACGCCGGUGAGCUACAUCUCCGUAAUGUCUAUAGCCGAGGUCAGCAAAGUACGAGCAGCCGGGGAUUACCUGGAAGCUCCAGUGGGGCAAGUGGCAGUCAUGGGAACUCACGUGACCACCGAAGAGAAGAGGUAGAGGAUGACCGAGAGAACCAAUGUCCGAUUUGCUUGGGUGAGAUUCAAAACAUAAAAACCCUGGAGAAAUGCCAGCAUUCAUUCUGUGAAGAUUGCAUCACCAGGGCUCUGCAAGUGAAGAAAGCAUGUCCUAUGUGUGGUCGUUUCUAUGGGCAACUUGUGGGCAACCAACCUGAGAACGGUAGAAUGUUAGUAUCCAAGGACUCCAGCCUUUUGCUUCCUGGUUAUGAAAAAUAUGGGACGAUUAUCAUCCAGUAUGUCUUCCCACCAGGCAUCCAAGGGUCGGAGCACCCAAAUCCUGGAGUGAGGUAUCCAGGAACAACUCGUGUGGCAUACUUACCUGAUUGUCCAGAAGGGAACAAAGUCCUGACGCUCUUUAAGAAAGCUUUUGACCAACGUUUGACCUUUACCAUUGGAACAUCAAUGACCACAGGAAGACCUAACGUCAUUACGUGGAAUGAUAUUCACCACAAGACUAAUUGCACAGGAGGACCACAGUUAUUCGGUUACCCAGACCCCACUUACUUGCUAAGAGUUCAAGAGGAAUUGAGAGCCAAAGGCAUCACCGCUGACUAGAGGAAUGGUAAAACCGGCCAUCUGUGAGUGCUAGAUGGGCGCGAGAAGCGAAGGAGGAUUUCAUAACUAUACCGACCAAGCUCCCAUCUUCAGUGGAGGACACCUCAAGCUUUGAUUUCUGUUUUGCUCUCCUCCACUUUAGCUCUUUUUUGCUGAUUGAAUAUUAAAUCAGAAUCAAGACGAUAAUGUAUAAGGAGACUCGACACAGAGCAAAGAUCUACCAUGUUAAAUGUUAUUGACGCUACGGACUCACCAUGCCGGUGAACCAUCAGAGAAUUGAUUGUGUCUAUGAAAUAAUACAGACAGAACGCUUGCUAAAGCACUGAUGAAUAACCUGCGGAGAUACGUCCUUCAGCGGGAUGUCCAGUUAGUCAUCCUUUAGUGUUUGGCUGUAGUUCAGAGAAAGAGAAGACAAAUGUGUGUGAUCGUACAGUGCAUUCUGGUUCCUGCAGUUCUGAUAUCCAUUUCUGUGGAAUCGUAUCAUAUUGUGAGCUUUGUAGUGAAAAAAAAAAAAGGCCACUAGAAAAGACCAGCGAAAUUGUUUCAGCACAUUCUGGAUCCUAUAGUCCUGAUAUCUCACUCACAGUGCUGCAGUACAUUAUGAGUCUCGUUAUUUUUCACACCUCUGAUUGCCCAUUGUAUUAGAUGCUGCAGCGCUACUUCUUGAUUUAACGUAUCUUUUUCUAUUCUAUUGCUCUUUACUUUCAUUCCAAACAAAAAUAUCUGAUGGCCACAUGAAUGAGAUUUUUUAAUAUUGUUUUCUAUACAAUACAGAUGGUCAGACACAGUUGACAGCAUUCUAGCUGCUAGUUGCCAUUUGCAAAAUGCAUGAUGGGAAUACGUAUUUAGCCACUCAAUUAGGCACAACACAUUUACAAAAGUGAACGUUUUUUAUUUGCCUGUUUGUGUAAUGUUUGACCCAUGAAUGUAAGACAUGUUAGCUAACCCGGUGACUCAGCUAUGUCUGGUAAUACAGUGUCAUUAACACUUCGUUUUAUUCCUUGCUGAUAUUGGGUUUCCUUUUAGCAACCAGAAAUAUGGCACAAAUAUCGCGUGAACACAACAGUAAAUCUUCAAGUAAUCUUACAAAUGCACCCAGAUAGAAAUGUCGAAUUGCUGCAAAAUUCUGCAUGCAGUUAUGUCUCAGGCAGAUAUUUAAAUGAUUAGAGGUGUGGUCUGAUUAGACAUUGGGUUUUGCCAUAAGUGGGUGUAAAAGAGGGAGCGCUUCCUCUGUAUAAAACGGCUGUCAGGGGCUACUUUUGGGUAGUGUACCUCUUGGUGAGAGAUCGUUGACUACUAGACAUGCCUCUACGACAUUUUGCCGGGUUGACAGACACUGAGAGAGGGCACAUCAUUGGACUAAGAGAAGCAGGAUGGUACAUUUGACUAAUUUCCUUCCAUCAAGGUUUUUCUGACCUAGCUAUUAGGUGGUGUUGGGAGCAGUGGUUACAAGAGAGUCCACACACAUGGGAAACAGCCCAGACAGAUCACCAGCAGAGCGGAUAGUUUGAUCCAUGACAGGCAUGACCAGCUCAGCACAGUUUAGUUGUCCACCAUCCAGACACAGGUGGCAUCUUGAGUAGACACCCCUGUUUCUAUGUGGACUAUUUCCAGGUGCUUAGUAGAAUGAAAUUUGGUGCACAGCGCCCAUUACGUGUCCUGACAUUGACAGCCAGCCACCGUCGCCUUCAUUUGAACUCGUGUUGUGAAUAAGAAACCUGGACUGCUAUUAGGCUAGAAUUGUAUUGUCUUUAGCGACGAAUCCAGGUUUUGUUUGGGAUCCAGUUACAGUUGGGCUCAAGUAUGGAGGCAUUGUGGCGAACGCUUCAAUCCUGCCUUUGUUGUAGAGCAAUACACUGCCCCAACCCGAUCUGGGAAGCCAUCACAUAUGACAGUCAGUCACCCCCAGUAAUGAUACACUAUCAGCUCAGCGAUAUGUGCAGGAUAUACUGUGGCCACAUGUGUUACCUUCCAACUGGCAUUUAUCAGCAGGAUAAUGCUAGCCCACACAUAGCAGGGUUGCAACACUUCCUUGGCUUGCCUGGUCACCAGAUUUCUCACCAAUCCAGAUGGGACUCCAGCUUUGGCAUUCUACGAGUGUGCAGGAUCUCCAGACUGCACCAUCUGUGGGAUACCAUGCUGAACCUGUAUGUCUCCAUGCCCAACCAGAUCUCAUCUUGUAUUCAGGCUAGAGACAGCCUAAUAGAGUACUAGAGCCUCCUUUCAAUUGUACCCUUUCGCUCCAAUAAACUUAUCCUUUCGCUCUAAUAUUGUAAUCACUUACAUAUAUCAUCAUUACAUUCACAUAGAACAUUUAAUUCAAUUCCCACAACUCCUUCUUGGUGUGUUAUUUUUUUGUUAUUGAGUGUAUAUUUAUAAGUAGCCAGUGCACCCUCAUAUUUGUUACUGGUGCUUACAUUUUCCAUUGCUUUCUAUUGAUACGUAUAUGUAGAAAUCACUAUUAAAGAUUAUAAGAAUUA